AUGAAGAGAAUUAAUAAAAGAGAAAUUAAAAGAAGCAGAGAUAAGUCUGAAGAGAGGGAAGAACCAAGAAGGAGGGAUGACAAUGUUAAUGUUGAAGGAAAAAGGAGAAAAGAGAAAAGAACAAAGAGAAGGAAUGAUCACAUCGAACAUGCAUAUAAGGCUGAUAGAGUCUAUCAUGAUGAUGAUGAAACUAGGGGGAAAUUGAUAUUGAAGGCCAAGUUUGAUACCAUAGAGCAGAAGUUGGCAGAGCAUGCUGCUCAACUUUUGGACCUGAAAAAGGAAAUCGCUAAAGGCAUUGUUGAGUUGAAUGCCAAUUGGGAGAAAAAGGAGGAUAAGGAUGGAAAUCAAGAUGAGGAUGAAAAUGAUGAUCAGCAUGAUGAGGAUGAAAAGGAUGAUGAGGGAAAGGAUGAUAAUGAGGAUAAAAAAGAGGAUAGGAGGGAAAGCAUGAUGAGGAUGAAAAGGAGGAUCAUGCGGGAAAGGAGGAUCAGGAAGGAAAGGAGUAUCAUGAUGGAAAGGAUGAUGAGGAGGAUAUUGAGGGAAAGACAGUUUCCCCUGUUAUACAUGAUGAUGCUGUUGAGGAUGUGGAGGUAG